CAUCGGUCACGCACGGAACUGCACGCGGCCGCCAAAUUUGAAAUCCGGCCGUGAAGAGCGCUGAACUUUAAACUUGGAGUGACGCACAUAGGGCAGCUCGCCAGUUGGCGUGCGAGCCACACACACCUCGGACACUCGCUCAGUAAUCAGCCGUCCCGAGCCACGGCUGCGACCUCUAGAGGGUCACCGCAGAGAUAACACCGCGAUGGAUGUCAGUUUGUGUAGUGCAGUGUGAAAGAAAGUGGCUUUUUUAACACAGUAAUUCGACGGUGAUCGUAGAGAACGGCGAGGAAAUAGUGAAAGUCAACAAAAUGAUACCCAACGGGACCGACCACCAUAACAAAUACAUGAAUGGGCCAGACCAGAUAAUCCCGGCUGAAGACUACGUGAACUGGCGGCCCGGGGGCCACGUGAAGCUGCGGGUGGGGUCGCGGGGGGUGUCCGCCGAGCCCCCGAUCUCGGUCCCCGGACUGCUCCGGCGCACCACGGCGCGGUACCCCGACGCCACCGCCCUGGCUACGAAGAAACCCGACGGGAAAUGGCACAAGAUCACGUACAGACAGUACUCAGAGCGAGUGCGGACCUGCGCCAAGGCGUUCCUGAAGCUGGGGCUGGAGCGCUACCACUCCGUGUGCAUCCUGGGCUUCAACUCCGAGCAGUGGUACAUUGCGGACCUGGCGGCUAUCCAUGCGGGAGGUUACGCAGCGGGCAUCUACACCACAAACUCCGCUGAAGCCUGUUUCCACUGCCUGGAGUCGUCGCAGGCCAACAUCUGCGCGGUCCAAGACAAGAAGCAGCUGGACAAGAUCCUCUCCGUCCGGGACAAACUGCCGCAGCUGAAGGCUAUCAUACAAUGGGAAGGACCCGUGGACAUUUCGGUGAAAGGAGUCUACAGUUGGGAGCAACUCAUGGAAAUGGGCGCCAAAGAGCCGGACACACAGCUAGAAAAUAUUCUGAAAAGUAUAGCCAUUAACGAGUGCUGUACGUUAGUUUACACAUCGGGCACGGUGGGUCCCCCGAAGGCGGUGAUGCUGUCGCACGACAACCUCACGUGGGACGCCUUCGCCAUCGCCGAGCGAGUGAAGGACAUCCAGCCGACUGUCGACAGGAUCAUCUCUUUCUUGCCUUUGAGCCACGUUGCUGCUCAGACCUUGGAUAUCUAUUUGACUCUGAUGAACGGUGUAGCGGUGUUCUUCGCUCAGCCAGACGCACUGAAAGGCAGUUUGGUGGAAACACUGAAAGAAGUGCGGCCUACAAGAUUCCUGGCCGUGCCCCGAGUGUGGGAGAAGAUGUACGAGAAGAUAAUGGCGGUGGGCGCGUCCAACAGCGCCUUCAAGAAGACCAUGGCCGGCUGGGCGCGCGGCAAGGGACUCGACUACCACAUGUCUAGGAUUAACGGGACUGGCGGCAUGUCAUGCGGCUACAAGAUGGCUCGUUCGCUGGUCUUCACCAAGGUCCACGAGUCUCUAGGCCUGGACCAGUGCAAGACAUUCGCGACCGCCGCCGCGCCGCUUUCCGCCGAUAUCAAGAAGUUCUUCGUGUCUUUGGAUAUCCCCAUCAUGGAUGUCUUCGGCAUGAGCGAGACUUCUGGCGCGCAGUCGCUUAGUAUAGUGCCCAAAUUCAACCUAGACUCAGUGGGCGAGCUACUAGACGGCACAGAGACCAAAUUCGGUGGUUCGGAGAGUCCCAACGGCCCGGGAGAGAUCCUCAUGAGAGGACGACACAUAUUCAUGGGAUACCUGAAGGAUGAGGAGAAGACGAGGAAUACCAUUGAUGGAGACGGCUGGCUGCAUUCCGGUGACGUCGGCAGAGCUGACAGUCGGAACUUCCUUUACAUCACUGGCAGGAUAAAGGAGCUGCUAAUCACGGCUGGCGGAGAGAACGUGGCGCCGGUGCUGAUCGAGCAGGCCAUCCAGGCGGAGCUGCUACACGUCGGCUAUGCUGUGCUGGUCGGCGACCGCCGCAAGUUCCUCGCCGUGCUGUUGACGCUCAAGACGAAGGUGAACUUGGAGACAGGCGAGGCGAUGGACGAGCUCGAGAACGAGACGCGCAAGUGGGUGGCGUCACUCGGGAGCAAGGCCACCACGCUCAGCGAGAUCGCGAAGACCAAGGAUCCCCUUGUGUACAAAGCGAUAGAAGACGGCAUAAAGCGCGCGAACAAACACGCCAUCUCCAACGCACAGAAAGUGCAGAAGUUCUCCGUCCUACCAGCUGACUUCUCCAUGCCCUCUGGAGAACUAGGACCCACGCUCAAGGUCAAGAGGAAUGUAGUUUAUGAAAAAUACAAAGACAUUAUUGAAGACUUUUACAGAGAAUGAUUGUAGGUUUAAGUUUAGCGUAAAUAGAGAUGUAAGUAGUUGUAUAUAGGAGGACGGCUGGGUCGCCUAUGUAUGUAUAUGUAGACAAACAUCGGUAUAUGAAUAAAUUGUUGCUCAAAUAGGGUCUAGUGGUACAGACUGGCAAAUUGUGAUUUUAUAUUUAUAACAUUCUAUGUAUACUUACUUACAAAAAUUAUGACAACGACAAUGAGAUUUUUAUGUAAAUAAUAAGUAUUUACUUUUGUUACGACGAAUAAAACGUGGUUUUUGUUA